UGGCUGCGGUUGGAGUGGUGCAAUGAGCGCCUCCUCACGGUUCCUGAACGGAUUGCCGCCGUGGGGUGCGGACGGCAGGUCUCGGUACCAGCGGUUAAGUCAAAGGAUGCUGGACCUUUCGGGGGACCGGGGCGUGCUGAAGGAUGUCAUCCGAGAGGGUUCUGGAGAGUUGGUGACACCAGACGCUUCGGUGCUCGUGAAAUAUUCUGGGUAUCUGGAGCACAUGGACAAGCCUUUUGAUUCCAAUUGCUUUAGGAAAACCCCUCGGCUCAUGAAACUUGGAGAGGAUAUCACACUUUGGGGCAUGGAGCUGGGCCUUCUGAGCAUGCGGAGAGGAGAGGUGGCCAGGUUUCUGUUCAAACCGACCUACGCUUACGGAAUGCUGGGCUGUCCUCCCCUGAUCCCCCCAAACACUACCGUCUUGUUUGAGAUCGAGCUGCUUGACUUCCUGGAUUCUGCUGAGUCAGACAAGUUUUGUGUCCUCUCAGCCGAGCAACAGGAUCAGUUUCCACUUCAGAAGGUCCUAAAAGUGGCAGCUACUGAACGGGAGUUUGGCAACUACCUUUUCCGCCAAAAUCGUUUCUAUGAUGCCAAAGUGAGAUAUAAACGGGCCUUGUUGCUUCUCCACCGGCGAUCAGCACCCGCUGAAGAGCAGCUCCUGGUGGAGACCGCCAAGCUGCUUGUUCUCCUUAACCUGUCCUUUACGUACCUGAAGCUGGAGCGACCCACCGUGGCCCUGCGCUAUGGAGAGCAGGCUCUAGUCAUUGACCAAAAGAACACCAAGGCCCUCUUCCGAUGUGGACAGGCCUGCCUCCUCAUGACUGAGUAUCAGAAGGCCCGGGAUUUUCUAGUCCGAGCCCAGAAGGAACAGCCCUUCAAUCAUGACAUCAAUAACGAGCUGAAGAAACUGGCCAGCUAUUACAGGGAUUACCUGGGUAAAGAGAAAGAAAUGUGUCACCGAAUGUUUGCUCCUGGUGAACAUGGCUCUACAGUAGGAGAAAACUAAAGAUUCCUCAGCUAACUACAAGCAAGAGAAGAGAGGCUGCCCAGUUCUCCAUCGUUAUGGGGGUGGCGAGGGAGCUUUCUGGAAGGAACUCCUCAGAGCAGACUGUGUGGCAGUGACCUGCUUGGAAGAGGGGCUGGGAUUCUGCAGCCCGAGGCCACUGCCUCAUCUCUGACACUGCUGCUGAGGUGUUUUCACAGGUGCUGUUUUCUGUUUCACGUUUUCAUACAGAGGAGGGGAAAGGGUAGCUACUGACAAGUAGAAAAAUGCUAUUUUUUAAAGGCAGUUUCUUGUUUUUUCAAAUAGAAUAAGUCCUUGGUUUUUCUCCAGUCCCAACCCCCUUCCCGCUGCUCAUGUCUCUGGGUAAAUACAAAUAGAGAUGGCUUUGUGUAUUUUUGUAGGGCUCUCAGUUUUGAGGAGAGAGAAUUAUGUUACAGAUGUUUUUGUUGUAAGCAAAUAAAAGACUUCCUUGUCCUUGCAAGA